AUGGCAGUGGCACUGCGAGCUCGGAAUGCCGUGAAAGUGGAAGAUGGAAUAGACACUAGUAAUAUUAUAGAAGAAGUUGACGACAACACAAAAGGAACAAGAAGCCGAGCUUCGCGGCGGAGAAGAAGAAGAGGAGACGAAGAAGAGAAACACAGCGAAGAAGAGACAUACAAUGAGUUUAACGACGAUGGUACAUUGAAGACAGAAGGUACUCUACAGACUGGGAAUGGAAGUGGAAGGCCGUUUGAACUGGUAGCUGGUCUACCAUGUAGUUUAGAUGUCCCACAAUACAACUCUGCAUUAACAUUCCCGCUGUCAGUACGAGACUCGGGUGUAUUAUAUAGCUCUUUGCUAAGUUCAAGAAGAACGUGGAUAUCAGGUGAAAUGUUUGAAGUGUACUGGACUAGAGCCAACAAGGUACCUUCCUUAGCAAUUAAAGAUGAGAGUAUAAUAAAAGAGCUAGAAUCUUCCAAGGAACAAGAUGCAAGCGGUAAAGAUAGAAUGCAGAGAAUGUGCGAUUGUGAGUUAAUGGCGGGUCCUCAUACCUUUUCCAUCAAACUGUUUAUAGUUAAGGAUGACGAGAAGGAGAAAAAAUGGCAAGAGGAGCAGGAGUAUAAGAAGAAAGAAAAAGAAGAACAAAAGAAACUUGAAUCGGAGCAACGGAAGAAAAGAGCAGAGGAGAAGAAGCAGAUGCUUCAAUUGAAGAAACAGGAAAGGGAGAAACAGAUGCAAUUACAAAAGGAAGCUAGAGCUCGGGCUAAGAAAGAGCAAGCAGAAGCACGGCAGAGGCAGAAAGAAGAAGAGAGGCAAAGGAAACUUAUGAACAAAGAACGAGUUAAAGAACAGAAAGCUAGCACAUCUAAGCCAAAAAAGGAUCAGAACAAAAAGAACUCGGACCAACAUAUGAUUGCCAACUUGAAUAUCAUGGCACAAAGAGACCCUGAAUUGAAAAAAUUGAUGGCCAAGGUUGCGAAUGGGCAAGCUAACAUGCAAGAAAUAGAAGAAUUCAAGAGAGUAAUCGAACUGGCAAAGAAUUUGCCUCCUCCGGGGACACCACCUGCAAAACCCGAAGUACAGAAAGCACAGAGUAAGCCUACGGAUAGUAAUGAGACUAGCGCUGACAGUAGUAAAUCCGAGAUACUUCAAGAAUCAAAGACUAACGAAAGUGACAAAAAAGCGACUGCUGAACAAGCGACUGAACCGAAGACACAUUCCGAGGAAAACAAACCAGAGAGUGAAAAUCAAAGUAGGGAUAAUAGCGAAAAGUCUGCCUCCUCACAUAAUCAAGAGGCAAGUAUUAAGAAGGAAGCGGAUGCCAAUAGCGUGAUAAAAAAAGAAAGCAGCGAUGGUGACGGGAAUAAGAGUCAGCAACCUAAGCGUAAGUAUAACAAGGCUCCAAAGGUUGCUGACGAGUUAACUGAGAAGGAGAAGGAGAUGCAGCUAACAGCCUUCCAGCAGAAGUAUGUGACAGGUGCUGAGCUUGUUCUUGAGUUUGCUGAAAACACGAAUUUCCGUUUUCUGUUGCCCAAGAAGGCUAUUAUACAGUAUAUUCCGGAAUCGAAUAGGUACAAGAUGUCGUGGCUGCAGAUACACAACCAGAGCGACAUAACGCGGUUCUACAAGAGGCAAGUGAAGGAGCUGACGAGGCGGAUUCACAAUGCGGAGGAGAAGCAGCGGGUUACCGACGAGUACAAUGUGUUUCGGGACAAGAAGUGUCCGUCGCCGUUGUUUUCUUCGAUGACUGUGACGUUUAGUGGCAUACAUGUCAAGUUCAACUCCAUAAUGAUGAACAGUUUUGACCCUAAGGAGGAAGUGCGUGGGUACAUGGAAGAUGUGCUGGCGGUUGGGACGCGGUUGUCUGGGUAUAACCUGUGGUAUCAGCUGGAUGGGUACGAUGACCGUGAGUUAGCGGAGCGGUUGCGGUCUGAGCUGAACGAGUACGAGCAGUCUUUGAAACCCAAGAGACAGAAGAAGCAGUAA